CUCUUGAACAGUUAUCAGAGAGAUGCAAAAAUAUUUUCUUUGGUCUUUUUUAAAUGUCCAGGUCAAAAUCUAGACAGCAUGCUUCAUGGCACAGGAAUGAAGACAAAUCCUGACCAAAAGAAACAAGCAAAUGGAGUAACACUCGCUCCAGAGGACACCUUACCUUUUCUUAAGUGCUACUGCUCAGGACAUUGUCCAGAUGAUGCUAUUAAUAACACAUGCAUAACUAAUGGGCAUUGCUUUGCUAUCAUUGAGGAAGAUGAACAUGGAGAACCCACGCUUGCUUCUGGCUGCAUGAAGUAUGAAGGUUCAGACUUCCAGUGCAAGGACUCGCCCAAAGCACAAUUACGUCGAACAAUUGAGUGCUGUCGGACUGAUUUCUGCAAUCAGGAUUUACAACCAACAUUACCACCACUUGAUAGUACAGAUGGACUUUUUGAUGGCAGCAUUCGUUGGAUGGCAGUGUUGAUUUCUAUGGCAGUCUGCAUAAUUGUCAUGAUCAUCUUAUUUAGCUGCUUUUGUUACAAGCAUUACUGUAAGUCGAUGGCAAAGAGGCACUGUUAUAAUCGUGACCUGGAACAAGAUGAAGCAUUUAUUCCAGUUGGGGAGUCAUUAAAAGACCUUAUUGACCAGUCACAGAGUUCUGGGAGUGGAUCAGGACUGCCGUUGUUGGUUCAACGCACUAUUGCCAAACAAAUUCAGAUGGUGAGGCAAGUUGGAAAAGGACGGUAUGGUGAAGUGUGGAUGGGCAAAUGGAGGGGUGAAAAAGUUGCGGUGAAAGUGUUUUUCACCACAGAAGAAGCCAGUUGGUUCCGAGAAACAGAGAUUUACCAGACUGUGUUAAUGCGUCAUGAAAACAUCCUUGGUUUCAUAGCUGCAGAUAUUAAAGGCACUGGCUCCUGGACACAGCUUUACUUGAUUACAGAUUAUCAUGAAAAUGGAUCAUUGUAUGAUUUUCUGAAAUGCACUACACUAGACAACAGGGCUCUCCUCAAACUGGCGUAUUCUGCUGCAUGUGGUCUGUGCCAUCUACACACAGAAAUUUAUGGGACACAAGGCAAGCCUGCUAUUGCACACAGGGACCUGAAGAGUAAAAACAUCUUGAUAAAGAAAAAUGGCACCUGCUGCAUUGCUGACUUGGGUCUUGCAGUCAAGUUUAACAGUGACACAAAUGAAGUUGAUGUUCCCUUGAAUACUAGAGUGGGAACAAAACGUUACAUGGCUCCAGAGGUCUUAGAUGAAAGCCUGAAUAAAAACCAUUUCCAACCAUACAUCAUGGCUGACAUCUACAGUUUUGGGCUGAUCAUUUGGGAAAUGGCUCGGCGCUGUGUCACAGGAGGUAUUGUUGAAGAGUAUCAGUUGCCAUAUUACGACAUGGUGCCAAAUGAUCCAUCCUAUGAGGACAUGAGAGAAGUGGUGUGUGUCAAACGCCUACGCCCAGUAGUAUCGAAUAGAUGGAAUAGUGAUGAAUGUUUAAGAGCAAUAUUGAAAUUAAUGUCUGAAUGCUGGGCUCAUAAUCCUGCCUCAAGGCUCACUGCCUUGAGGAUCAAGAAGACACUUGCCAAGAUGGUGGAAUCACAAGAUGUAAAGAUUUGACAUAGUAAAUUGACAUUGGAGAGCAAAGCUGGACUCCUAGAUCUUUUCACUCAAACAUGGGUGAGACCUAUGUGGAAAGAGGAAAUAACUGAGAUUCAGUAUAUUUUCUCAGCACACUUCUACAGGCUGCUAAUCAAAUCUUUCAGUACUUCAUAGACUGUGAUACUGAGAGCCUCUAUACACUACGUGCUACGUAUAUGGACAGCCUUGAUAAAAUACACGUUUUGUUUCUGUUUGAGCUGCAUUGAGACUUCAGUCAUACUUAGUGAGUCUC